CACAGCGUGCCGGGCCGGGGGAGCGGCCGGGCCGGACCGGGCGGGCGGGCGGCGGGGGCGCGCUCGGGGGCCCGGGCCGCGUGGGCGCCGGGAUGGAGGGCGCCGAGGGGCGGGGAGCGGGCGUGCGUGUGUGUGCGAGCGCGAGGGAGGCCGGCCUUUAGUGUAACCGGAGCUACAAAGAAGGGGAGAGUCCGGGAGAGGGAGGGAGGAGCGGCGGCGGCGCCGGGGGCCUCUCCGCACCCUCCCCCUGGGCAGGAGCCCCCUCGAAGCGGCCUCGGCCCCCGACGCGGGGCCGCCCCUCGGCGCCCGCGCCCGCCCGACCGCCCGGAAUGAUGAAGAAGAACAAUUCCACCAAGAGGGGGCCUCAGGAUGGAAACCAUCAGUCUGCACCGCCUGAGAAGGUCGGCUGGGUCCGGAAAUUCUGCGGGAAAGGGAUUUUCAGGGAGAUUUGGAAAAACCGCUAUGUGGUGCUGAAAGGGGACCAGCUCUACAUCUCUGAAAAGGAGGUAAAAGAUGAGAAAAAUAUUCAAGAAGUGUUUGACCUGAGUGACUAUGAGAAGUGUGAAGAGCUCCGGAAAUCCAAGAGCAGGAGCAAGAAGAACCAUAGCAAGUUCACUCUUGCCCACUCCAAACAGCCCGGGAACACGGCACCCAACCUGAUAUUCCUGGCAGUCAGUCCAGAAGAGAAGGAAUCAUGGAUCAAUGCCCUCAACUCUGCCAUCACCCGAGCCAAGAACCGCAUCCUGGAUGAGGUCACCGUUGAAGAGGACAGCUAUCUCGCCCACCCCACUCGAGACAGGGCAAAAAUCCAGCACUCCCGCCGCCCCCCAACCCGGGGACACCUGAUGGCCGUGGCUUCGACGUCUACCUCGGAUGGAAUGCUGACCUUGGACCUGAUCCAGGAGGAGGACCCUUCCCCUGAGGAAUCAACCUCCUGUGCUGAGAGCUUUCGAGUCGACCUGGACAAGUCUGUGGCCCAGCUGGCAGGCAGCCGGCGGAGAGCAGACUCGGACCGCAUCCAGCCCUCCGCGGACCGGGCAGGUGGCCUUCCCCGACGUUGGGAAAAGCCAGACAAAGGGGCCACCUAUACCCCCCAGGCACCCAAGAAGUUGACUCCCACAGAAAAAGGCCGCUGUGCCUCCCUGGAGGAGAUCCUGUCUCAGCGGGACGCUGCCCCGGCCCGUGCCCUCCAACUGCGGGCCGAGGACCCCCCAACCCCCAUCCCACCCCACCCGGGGCAGCUGUCCCGGAUCCAGGACCUGGUAGCAAGGAAACUGGAGAAGACUCAGGAGCUGCUGGCAGAGGUUCAGGGACUGGGAGAUGGGAAGCGAAAAGCCAAGGACCCCCCUCGGUCUCCUCCCGAUUCGGAAUCAGAGCAGCUGCUGCUGGAGACGGAGCGGCUGCUGGGAGAGGCGUCAUCAAAUUGGAGCCAGGCGAAGAGGGUGCUGCAGGAAGUCAGGGAGCUGAGGGACCUGUACAGACAGAUGGACCUGCAGACCCCAGACUCCCACCUCAGACAGACUACCCAGCACAGUCAGUACCGGAAGAGCCUGAUGUGAAGAAAGGUGACAAGAGUCUGGAACUUGUGGGGCGGACAGAUUUUUAUCUCCAAGGGUUGCAGGAUAAAGUUUUUUUAUUUACCUCAGUCAAAAAAAACAUAAACACAA